UCGGCACUCGGCACGAUGCGGCGGCCCGGCCCCAGCGCCUGCAGCCACCUCCUGCUAGGACUGCUGCUCCCGCUCCUCGCAGCCGCCGCCGCCGUGAACCCCAGCCCCAGCCCCAGCACAGGCCAGGCCGUCGAGGUCGCGGUGAUCCCGGGCCGCCCUGCUGGCCUUGCUGCUUGUCGCUGCUGCCUAGGCCAGAUCCCUAGGAGGAGCCGCUGCAUCCGAGCCUCCUGCAGGGUCCGAAACUGCCCAUCUGAAAAGUGCACAGGCCUACAGCAGUGCGUGACCCAGAUACCAUCACUGCCAAGUCCCAGCCCCAGCCCCAGCCCCGGCCCCAGCCCCGGCCCCGGCUUGGGGAAGAGGCAGGUGUCUCUCAACUGGCAGCCACUGACGUUGCAGGAGGCCCGAGCUCUACUGAGGCGUCGACGGCCCCGAGGGCCAGGGGCCCGAGCACUGCUGAAAAGGAGGCCCCUACAGCGCGCCCCUGCGGGCCAGGGCCGGGUCCUUUGCCCUUUGAUCUGUCACAACGGAGGCGUGUGCGUGAAGCCUGACCGCUGCCUCUGUCCCCCGGACUUCGCGGGCAAGUUCUGCCAAUUGCACUCUUCAGGCGCCCGGCCCCCGGCCCCGGCCAUGCCAGGUCUCACCCGCUCCGUGUACACCAUGCCACUGGCCAACCACCGGGAUGACGAACACGGAGUGGCGUCCAUGGUGAGCGUGCACGUGGAGCACCCGCAGGAGGCUUCGGUGGUGGUGCACCAGGUGGAGCGCGUGUCCGGCCCCUGGGAGGAGGCGGACGCCGAGGCCGUGGCCAGGGCGGAAGCGGCGGCGCGUGCGGAGGCGGCGGCGCCCUACACGGUGCUAGCCCAGAGCGCGCCGCGCGAGGACGGCUACUCGGACGCCUCCGGCUUCGGUUACUGCUUUCGGGAGCUGCGCGGAAGCGAAUGUGCGUCACCAUUGGCCGGGCUCCGGACUCAGGAUGUCUGCUGCCGAGGGGCCGGGGUAGCCUGGGGAGUUCACGACUGUCAGCCGUGCUCCCAGCACUUGGGGACGUCCGACAGAGUGGGUGCCCCAGAUGGACCUUGUCCGACCGGCUUUGAGAGGGUUAAUGGGUCCUGCGUAGAUGUGGAUGAGUGUGCGACAGGUGGGCGCUGCCAGCACGGGGAGUGUGCCAACACGCGCGGCGGGUACACCUGCGUGUGCCCAGAUGGCUUCCUGCUCGACUCGUCCCGCAGCAGCUGUAUCUCUCAGCACGUGAUCUCUGAGGCCAAGGGGCCCUGCUUCCGCGUGCUGCGCGAUGGCGGCUGCUCGCUCCCCAUUCUUCGAAACAUCACCAAGCAGAUCUGCUGCUGCAGCCGAGUGGGCAAGGCCUGGGGCCGCGGUUGUCAGCUCUGCCCACCUUUCGGCUCAGAGGGUUUUCGGGAGAUCUGUCCCGCUGGUCCUGGAUACCACUACUCGGCUUCUGAUCUCCGCUACAACACCAGGCCACUGGCUCAGGAGCCACCCCGAGUGUCCCUCAGCCAGCCACGUGUUCUACCGGCCACCCCCAGGUCACCCACAGGCCUUCGACCCACCCAUCGCCCGGAGCCCCGGCCUGACCCCAGGCCUGAGCCCAGGCCUGAGCCCCGGCCUGGCCCCGAGCUUCCCCUGCCCAGCAUCCCAGCCGGAACUGGUCCUGAGAUUCGUGAAUCAGGUCCCCCCUCCGGCGUGUGUCAGCGCAACCCCCAGAUCUGUGGCCCAGGACGCUGCAUACCCCGGCCCAAUGGCUACACAUGUGCUUGUGACUCCGGCUUCCGGCUCGGCCCUCAGGGCACCCGCUGCAUCGACGUGGAUGAAUGUCGCCGCGUGCCCCCGCUUUGUGCUCCCGGGCGCUGCGAGAACACACCGGGCAGCUUCCGCUGCGUGUGCGGCCCGGGCUUCCGAGCCGGCCCACGGGCUGCAGAGUGCCUGGACGUGGACGAGUGCCACCGUGUGCCGCCGCCGUGUGACCGCGGGCGCUGCGAGAACACUCCGGGCAGCUUCCUGUGCGUAUGCCCUGCUGGGUACCAGGCUGUACCACACGGAGCCAGCUGCCAGGAUGUGGAUGAGUGCACCCAAAGCCCGGGCCUCUGUGGCCGUGGGGCCUGCGAGAACCUGCCUGGCUCUUUCCGCUGCGUCUGCCCGGCUGGCUUCCGGGGCUCGGCGUGUGAAGAGGAUGUGGAUGAGUGCGCCCAGGAGCCACCGCCCUGCGGGCCAGGCCGCUGCGACAACACGGCUGGGUCCUUUCACUGUGCCUGUCCGGCUGGCUUUCGCUCCCGGGGGCCGGGGGCUCCCUGCCAAGACGUGGAUGAGUGCGCCCGCAGUCCCUCGCCCUGUGCCUAUGGCCGGUGUGAGAACACAGAAGGCAGCUUCCAGUGUGUCUGCCCCACAGGCUUUCAACUCAACGCCGCCGGCUCCGAGUGCGAGGAUGUGGAUGAGUGUGAGAACCACCUGGCGUGUCCUGGGCAGGAGUGUGUGAACUCACCUGGCUCCUUCCAGUGCAGGGCCUGUCCUGCUGGCCACCAGCUGCACCGUGGCAGAUGCACUGAUGUGGACGAAUGCAGUUCGGGCGCCUCCUGCGGUCUUCACGGCCACUGCACUAACACCGAAGGCUCCUUCCGCUGCAGCUGCGCGCCGGGUUACCGGGCACCGGCGGGUCGGCCCGGGCCCUGUGCAGACAUCAACGAGUGUCUGGAGGGCGACUUCUGCUUCCCCCACGGUGAAUGCCUCAACACCGACGGGUCCUUUGCCUGUACUUGUGCCCCCGGCUACCGGCCUGGACCCCGCGGAGCAUCUUGCCUCGACGUGGACGAGUGCAGCGAGGAGGACCUCUGCCAGGGCGGCAUCUGUACCAACACCGACGGCUCCUUCGAGUGCAUCUGUCCUUCGGGACACCGCGCCGGCCCGGACCUAGCCUCCUGCCUUGACAUUGACGAAUGUCGGGAGCGUGGCCCGGCCCUGUGCGGGUCCCAGCGCUGUGAGAACUCCCCAGGCUCCUACCGCUGUGUCCGGGACUGCGAUCCCGGCUACCACGCGGGCCCCGAGGGUACCUGUGAUGAUGUGGACGAGUGCCAAGAGUACGGCGCCGCGAUUUGCGGAGCACAGCGCUGUGAGAACACCCCUGGCUCCUACCGCUGCACACCAGCCUGUGACCCUGGCUAUCAGCCCACGCCAGGGGGCGGCUGCCAGGAUGUGGACGAGUGCCGGAACCGGUCCUUCUGCGGUGCCCACGCUGUGUGCCAGAACCUGCCUGGUUCCUUCCAGUGCCUCUGUGACCAGGGCUACGAGGGGGCACGGGACGGGCGUCACUGCGUGGAUGUGAAUGAGUGCGAAACACUACAGGGUGUGUGUGGAGCUGCCCUGUGUGAGAAUGUUGAGGGCUCCUUCCUAUGUGUCUGCCCCACAAGCCCUGAGGAAUUCGAUCCCAUGACUGGACGCUGUGUACCUCCUCGGACUUCUGCUGGUACUUUCCCAGGCUCGCAGCCCCAGGCCCCUGCCAGCCCCGGCCUGCCGGCCAGGCCAGCCCCACCACCUCCGCCCCGCAGGCCCAGCACACCCAGGCAGGGCCCUGUGGGCAGUGGGCGCCGGGAGUGCUACUUUGACACAGCGGCUCCGGAUGCAUGUGACAACAUCCUGGCGAGGAAUGUGACGUGGCAAGAGUGCUGCUGUACUGUGGGUGAGGGCUGGGGCAGCGGCUGCCGUAUCCAGCAGUGCCCAAGCACCGAGACAGCGGAGUACCAGUCACUGUGCCCCCAUGGCCGAGGCUACCUAGCACCCAGCGGAGACCCAAACCUCCGGCGAGACGUGGACGAAUGCCAGCUCUUCCGAGACCAGGUGUGCAAGAGCGGCGUGUGCGUGAACACGGCCCCGGGCUACUCGUGUUACUGCAGCAACGGCUACUACUACUAUGCGCAGCGGCUGGAGUGCGUCGAUAACGACGAAUGCGCCGACGAGGAGCCAGCCUGUGAGGACGGCCGCUGCGUCAACACGGUGGGCUCCUACCACUGCACGUGCGAGCCCCCACUCGUGCUGGACGGCUCGCGGCGCCGCUGCGUCUCCAACGAGAGCCAGAGCCUCGAUGACAAUCUAGGAGUGUGCUGGCAGGAGGUGGGGCCUGACCUUGUUUGCAGUCGCCCUCGGCUGGACCGGCAGGCAACCUACACAGAGUGCUGCUGUCUCUACGGUGAAGCCUGGGGCAUGGACUGUGCCCUCUGCCCUGCGCAGGACUCAGAUGACUUUGAGGCCCUGUGCAAUGUGCUGCGCCCCCCUGCGUAUGGCCCUGCGAGGCCAGGUGGCUUUGGACUCCCCUAUGAGUAUGGCCCAGACAUAGGCCCGCCCUUCCAGGGCCUCCCCUAUGGGCCUGAGUUGUAUGGACCACCUGUGCUGCCCUACGACCCCUACCCACCACCCCCUGGGCCCUUCGCCCGCCGGGAGGCCCCUUACGGGUCACCACCCUUCGACCUGCCUGACUUUGAGGACGAUGGUGGCCCCUAUGGAGAAUCUGAGGCUCCUGCUCCACCCAGCCGGGGCACGGGCUGGCCCUAUCGGUCCCGAGACACCCGCAGGUCCUUCCCAGAGCCUGAGGAGUCCUCUGAAGGUGGAGCCUAUGCCGGUGCCCCGGCUGAGCCCUACGAGGGGCUGGAAGCAGAGGAGUGCGGCAUCCUGGACGGCUGCGCCCACGGCCGCUGCGUGCGCGUCCCCGAAGGGUUCACCUGCGACUGCUUUGACGGCUACCGCCUGGACAUAACGCGCAUGGCCUGCGUCGACGUCAACGAGUGUGAUGAGGCAGAGGCGGCCUCCCCGCUCUGCGUCAAUGCGCGCUGCGUCAACACGGACGGCUCCUUCCGCUGUGUCUGCCGCCCUGGAUUCGCACCCACGCACCAGCCGCACCACUGUGCGCCUGCGCGGCCCCGGGCCUGAGCCUCCAUCCACCCGUCCAGCCCUGGGCCCUGGGCCCUGCCGCGCACACCUGCAGCCGGUCUGUGCACGUGCGCACAGGGACGCGGCCGGCUGGGACCGAGUGGACAGAUGAUGGACAGCACUGUUCGCUGCUCCCGCCACCCCCAGCCCCUCCCACCGGCACCCUGGCCCUAGCCUAACCCUUGGUUCCCUUCACAUUUCCUCACCCUUUUUAUAAAGUUUUCCAUUAAAAAGACCUGUUUUGUAUCAUG